AUGGCUUCGCAGACCCAACCCCCCAGGUGCAAGGUUGUGCUAUCCAAAAACAUUGCGAACGGGCUGCUCGCGGAGGUUCAGGAGGGCGUUACUACGCUGGAAAGGGCACCUCAUCUUGUCGGGUUUUUGGCCAACAAUGACCCUGCUGCAUUGAUGUAUGCUCAAUGGACGGAGAAGACUUGUCAGGAGCACGGCUUCCGCUACUCCCUCCGCGAAGUCUCGCGCGACAACAUCGAAGAAUCCAUCCUCGCCGCCAAUGCCGACCGCGAAGUCGACGGCAUCAUCAUCUACUACCCCAUCUUCAACAACCGCCAGGACCAAUACCUGCAGCAGAUCGUCGAUGUGCACAAAGACGUCGAAGGCCUCAGCCACCGCUACAUCUUCAACAUGUACCAGAAUGUGCGCUUUCUGGACCCCGAGACCAAGCGCCAAAAGUGCAUCCUGCCCUGCACGCCGCUGGCCAUAAUUAAGAUUCUCGAGUACCUCAACAUCUACAACACGAUUCUUCCCUACGGGAACAGGCUGUUUGGUCAUACGAUUUGCGUGGUGAAUCGCUCUGAAGUAGUGGGAAGGCCGUUGGCGGCGCUGUUGGCGAAUGAUGGGGCUUGUGUUUAUAGUGUGGAUAUUACGGGGGUGCAGAAGUUUACGAGGGAGGGAUUGAAGAAGAGUACGCAUGAUGUUGUUGAUAUGGAGGGAUUGUCGAUCAAGGAUGUAGCGCCGUUGUGUGAUGUUGUUAUUACUGGCGUGCCUGGGGAGAAGUACAAGUUUGACACUAGCUUGUUGCGUGAGGGAGCUGUCUGUGUCAACUUUUCGAGUGAGAAGAACUUCGGACCCGAGGUCAAGGAACGUGCCUCUAUCUUCGUCCCCUCGAUUGGGAAGGUGACUAUCGUUGUCUUGCUCCGGAAUCUCCUGAGACUCAUCCAGAACCGGAGACUGGACGAUGUGAAGCCCGCAGCCGCUACUGAGAGACCCGGUACCCUCGAGGCUGCGUAA